AAUUCAAUUCCACCAAUCAAAUCAAACCAGCCACAGUUCUUCAAAAGGCGAACAAACCAAGAAAGCAUUCCCACGGAGGUCCAGCGUAGCAUGUGACACACCCCCCACAAAACAGAGAGCUCUUCACAAGCAACCAACCAACCAAACCCAACAUGAGCCUCCCAAAGUUACCCGAAGACGAGAGUGUGACCUUGCCCCCUCCAACUAUCAGGAGUAGCGUCAAUGAGAUUCCUCGCCGUCCCAGACCUCGGCGAACCAAGCAAUGGAGUGACGGCGUUAUCGGCAUGGCGCACAAUCCUCGUGAGAAGGAAAUUCAAGAACUGAUGGAAUUCAAGCCAAGAGCUUUGCGUCGUCAAUCCGACACGGAGAGUGUCAUUGCCUUGACCAUUCCCACGCAUCAUGAUGUAGAAGCACACGUGGAAGAAGAACAUGGCGCGGAUUCCUGGCGGUACAAAGUCAUGGGAUUUUUGCAUCAGAAAAAGGUGCAGUAUGCCUUGAUGGGACUGUUGCUUUUAGAUGUUAUCAUUCUCUUUAUCGAAGUCACCUUGUUGGCCAUGUAUCCCACAUGUGACAUUAUAAGACGAGAUGGAAUCUCCUGCUGUUCGGAUACGAUCUACAAUGGAACAGACGAUCAUAAUCACAUGAGAUUCUUGGCUGCUGGUGGCGGUGGCUACCAGGAUGUUUGUCAAGAAGCCAAUGAAGGAUCUUACUUGCAGCUGAUACCAGAACCAAAUAUAUCCAUCGGUUGUGACAGUCACAAGUGGCACGCCGUCCGCGCCAUUGAAAAGGGCCUCUUCAUUUGUACCAUGACCAUCUUGUCGGUCUUUUUCCUUGAACUCAACCUCCUCAUGGUGGUCCUGCGUCCCUCCGUAUUUUUCCGACAGCUCUUUUAUCUGCUGGAUUAUAUCAUUAUCGGUGUCAGUCUUGCCUUUGAACUCUUCUUUUUCACGCUUCAUGACUAUUUGAGCAGUUCCUUGGUCGGCGCUCUCGUCGUGUUUCGUUCCUGGCGCUACGUGCGCAUCAGUCACGGCAUUGUCGGCGUCACGCACGAGCUCGCUGAACAGAAGUUGGAACGCUUGUUAAACUACACGGAGCAUUUGGAAGACAUCUUGCGCGAACAAGGCACGGAGUUGCCCGAAGGAUACUUCAAAGUGGAAAAGUUACGACAACACAAAGAUGAGGGUCUUGCCGCCGAAAUCAGACGGCAUCACGCCCAUGAAAAGCGACAAAAGUCUCAGCAAACCCUGCAAAGUGGAGAAGAGGACGAUGAUCCCGUAACGGCAUCGUCAGACGACUGAGCAGUGCAAUCUUAGUUGUUGCAUAGUUUUGGGGAUCGAUUGAUCGUGAGGGUUCUAUCCGAUGCGAACGAGCAGAGCCACGAGCAAAAGAGGAUGCGAAGGGAUCGACGACGAUUUCAAACUUCUGCCAUUGCUUGAGGAGGACAGCGUAAUGGAUCUGUUGUAUUUAAACGGACGCAAUGGAGAACCAAGGGAAAGGGAAACCGCGUUGGCUGCUUGGCCAUGAUUGCUUCACAAGGCCGCUCUGCUCUUAAUAAUGAUGAUUUUCUGAAGGGCAAAAAAUUUCUUCAAAGAAGUCCUUUUCCGUGUCGUUGUGGAAGGGUUAGGCUGCAUCAUCGCUGGACACUUGCAGGUAUGGUACCGGUACCGCUCGCAGAUGAAGCUAUCCAGGUCCAUGUUGGGCAACGGACCCAGAUACCAGUAGAUUGUUCGAAUAGUGCACGAUCUCUUUGGCCACAGCUACCAUUGUUUCGCAGCGAGCUUGUGAGAACUAUAACUUCUUUCGCGCGAAUAAAAUUAGAAGAAUCUUUGUCUACUUCGAAAU